AUGGCAAAUUCUAUGAAUGGCAGAAACCCUGGUGGUCGAGGAGGAAACCCACGAAAAGGUCGAAUUUUGGGUAUUAUUGAUGCUAUUCAGGAUGCAGUUGGACCUCCUAAGCAAGCAGCAGCAGAUCGCAGGACUGUGGAGAAAACUUGGAAACUCAUGGACAAAGUGGUGAGACUGUGCCAAAAUCCCAAACUUCAGUUGAAGAAUAGCCCACCAUAUAUACUUGAUAUUUUACCUGAUACAUAUCAACAUUUACGACUUAUAUUAAGUAAAUAUGAUGAUAACCAGAAACUUGCCCAACUCAGUGAGAAUGAAUAUUUUAAAAUUUACAUUGAUAGUCUAAUGAAAAAGUCAAAACGGGCGAUACGACUCUUUAAAGAAGGCAAGGAGAGAAUGUAUGAGGAGCAGUCCCAGGACAGAAGAAAUCUCACAAAACUCUCCCUCAUCUUCAGUCAUAUGCUGGCAGAAAUCAAAGCAAUCUUUCCCAAUGGUCAAUUCCAGGGAGAUAAUUUUCGUAUCACAAAAGCUGACGCCGCUGAAUUCUGGAGAAAGUUUUUUGGAGAAAAAACUAUUGUACCAUGGAAAGUAUUCAGACAGUGCCUUCAUGAAGUUCAUCAAAUUAGCUCCGGCUUGGAAGCUAUGGCUCUAAAAUCAACAAUUGACUUGACCUGCAAUGAUUACAUUUCAGUUUUUGAAUUUGAUAUUUUUACCAGGCUCUUUCAGCCUUGGGGUUCUAUUUUACGGAAUUGGAAUUUCUUAGCUGUAACACAUCCAGGUUACAUGGCAUUUCUCACAUAUGAUGAAGUGAAAGCACGACUACAGAAAUACAGCACUAAACCUGGAAGCUACAUUUUUCGGUUAAGCUGCACUCGAUUGGGACAGUGGGCCAUUGGCUAUGUGACAGGGGAUGGCAACAUCUUGCAGACCAUACCUCAUAAUAAGCCCUUAUUCCAAGCCCUGAUUGAUGGUAGCAGAGAAGGAUUCUAUCUUUAUCCUGAUGGAAGGAGUUAUAAUCCUGAUUUAACUGGAUUAUGUGAGCCCACACCACAUGAUCAUAUAAAAGUUACACAGGAGCAAUAUGAAUUAUAUUGUGAAAUGGGCUCAACUUUUCAACUCUGUAAAAUUUGUGCAGAGAACGACAAAGAUGUCAAGAUUGAGCCUUGUGGGCAUUUGAUGUGCACCUCUUGCCUUACAGCAUGGCAGGAAUCAGAUGGCCAGGGCUGCCCCUUCUGUCGCUGUGAAAUAAAGGGAACCGAGCCUAUAAUCGUGGAUCCCUUUGACCCAAGAGAUGAUGGCUCCAGGUGCUGCAGCAUCAUUGACCCCUUUGGCAUGCCCAUGCUGGAUCUGGAUGAUGAUGAUGACCGAGAGGAGUCUCUGAUGAUGAAUCGAUUGGCAAAUGUUCGCAAGUGUACUGACAGGCAGAAUUCACCUGUCACAUCUCCAGGGUCUUCUCCCCUUGCACAGAGAAGAAAGCCACAUCCAGAUCCUCUUCAGAUCCCACAUCUAAUCCUGCCACCUGUGCCUCCUCGCCUGGAUCUAAUUCAGAAAGGAAUAGUUCGGUCUCCCUGUAGCAGCCCAACUGGUUCCCCAAAGUCAUCUCCUUGUAUGGUGAGGAAACAAGACAAACCACUUCCAGCUCCACCACCUCCCUUAAGAGACCCUCCUCCCCCUCCGCCAGAAAGACCUCCACCAAUCCCUCCUGAAAAUAGACUGAGUCGACAUUUCCAUCAUGUGGAAAGUGUGCCUUCCAGAGACCAGCCCAUGCCCCUUGAAGCCUGGUGCCCUCGAGAUGUGUUUGGAACUAAUCCAUUGGUGGCAUGUCGACUUCUAGGGGAUGGCUCUCCCAAGCCUGGAAUCACUGCAAGUUCAAAUGUAAAUGAAAGACAUAGUAGAAUGGUCUCUGAUCCAGUGCUUAUGCGGAAACAUAAACGCCAUGAUUUGCCUUUAGAAGAAACCAAGGUUUUUUCCAAUGGCCACUUGGGAAAUGAAGACUAUGAUGUUCCUCCCCGGCUAUCUCCUCCUCCUCCAGCUACCACCACUCUCCUCCCUAGCAUAAAGUGUACUGGUCCUUUAGCAAAUUCCAUUUCAGAGAAAACGAGAGACCUAGUAGAGGAAGAUGAUGAUGAAUACAAGGUUCCUUCAUCCCAUCCUGUUCCACUGAAUUCACAACCAUCUCAUUGUCAUAAUGUAAAACCUCCUGUUAGGUCUUGUGAUAAUGGUCAUUGUAUAUUGAACGGAACACAUGGUACCUCUUCAGAAAUGAAGAAAUCAAACGUCCCUGAAUUGGGCAUAUAUUUAAAGGGAGAUGUUUUUGAUUCAGCCUCUGAUCCUGUGCCAUUGCCACCUGCCAGGCAUCCAACUCGAGACAACCCAAAGCAUGGUUCUUCACUCAACAGGACGCCCUCUGAUUAUGAUCUUCUCAUCCCUCCAUUAGGUGAAGAUGUUUUUGAUGCCCACCCUCCAUCUCUCCCACCUCCCCCACCUCCUGCAAGGCAUAGUCUCAUUGAACAUUCAAAACCUUCUGGCUCCAGUAGCCGACCAUCCUCAGGACAGGACCUUUUCCUUCUUCCUUCAGACCCCUUUUUUGAUCCAGCAAGUGGCCAAGUUCCUCUACCUCCUGCUAGGAGAUUACCAGGUGAAAAUGUCAAAUCCAACAGAACAUCGCAAGACUAUGAUCAGCUUCCUUCAUGUUCAGAUGGUUCACAAGCACCAGCCAGACCCCCGAAGCCACGGCCCCGCAGGACUGCACCAGAAAUUCACCACAGAAAGCCCCAUGGGUCUGAUGCAGCUUUGGAAAAUGUAGAUGCAAAAAUUGCAAAACUCAUGGGAGAGGGUUAUGCCUUUGAAGAAGUGAAGAGAGCCUUAGAGAUAGCCCAGAAUAAUGUCGAAGUGGCCCGUAGCAUCCUCCGAGAAUUUGCCUUUCCCCCUCCAGUCUCCCCACGUCUCAAUCUAUAGCAGUCAAGACUGUAAACACCGAAAUGUAAAGCAAUCGAUGAAUAUUCCAGGAGUGUGGAAUGGAAAGCAGAAGUGAGAUGUGAUUCAGGAAAAGACGGGGUCGCCUGUUCAUCUGGCAUCUUAGGAAGAGAGGCUUGAGAAUGCAGCUUCUCAGAAAAACACACUGCUUGUUCAGGAUGUCCACACCUGCAGCUUUCUUAUUUUUGCUAGCCAUAUUUUAAAUCAGGGUUGAACUGACAAAAAUAAUUUAAAGACGUUUACUUCCCUUUGAAUCUGUGAAAUGCUUUUCCUUGUUUACAUGUUGGUGAAGUUGCAGUUUGCUUUUGUUUAUGUUUUUUUUUUUUUUUUUGGAUACAUGUACUGUGUUCCUGACAGACCCUUCAUAGUGGUCAGGUCUGCUGUAACAUUUCCCAUCACACCCCUUGCUGUCCACUUCAACAGCUAACUCAUGUAUUCAUUUUGAUCUCACCUACCCACCCCACCCUCCAGAGGUCCAAUUCCAUUUCUCCCAUUUACAGGAUGCAUUUCAGAUUAUGAUUUUCAACUUAACCAAC